AUGACUGUAGUCAAACUUAGUCAGAGUGGACCGGCGGCAAGCGCUGACACUGGGACUGAGGUUAAGCCUAGCCCCAGUACAUCGGCACCUCCUGCGGUGGUUAUCGGAACCAGACCAAUUAGUCGACGUCCUGUGGCUAUGCGGAGAGCUGGUGAAGAGACUGCCACAGGUAGCACCGAGGCCAGUGCUCCUGCCGGAAAAUGGCCGACAGUAAGGAUCACUGAUCCAACUAAAGCAGGGUACCUGGAGAGGCGUAAUGCCGCCAGGAUACUCAAAAGGCUUCACGAAUCUCCACCAACAACGGAGGAGCUGACGAAGGAGGGUGAUCCCGAAGGAAGAAUUCCCAGAGCCCAAUGGAAAUGGGUGCAGGCCGCUCUGACCAACGUAACGCUGGAAGUGCUACUAAGCAAUCCAGGUCCGCCCCCAUCAUGCACUGACGCUGGCUGGUACCAAGGCCAGAUUAAAAUUAUAGCCUGCGACGACGAAAGAUCGGUGGAGCUAUACAAGACUGCAAUAGCGAAGAUCGGGGAAGUCUACCCUGGAGCGAAGCUCGUGGUAGUAGACAAAAAAGACAUCCCGUCUCGACCGAGGGCACGAGUUUGGGUCCCUACACCCUCUGACCCACAGCAAGUCAUGCAGAUAAUAAGUGCAUGCAACCCAGGCCUUCCUACGGGGAGCUGGAAAUUUGUCAAGGCCUUUGACAAUACCGUAACAGUAGACGGUGUGGUGACGAAACGUGCCACAACGCAAGUAAUGCUGUUACUAACAAACGAUUCUCUAGAACCUUUGGCGAAAAGCGAAGGUAUGAUAAACUAUGGUUUUGGCAAGGUUAAGGUCAGAACCUAUAAAACAGAUGCUGAUGCCAUCGACCAAUUGGCCUCAGAAAUUGAGGCCAAUGACGCUGAGGAAGAUCCUAUGGAGUCCUCAAGCGAUGUCGAAAGCAUCGACAUGGAAGGAUACUGCUCGUCAGGGUCUGAGCUCACAGCUAGACUCAAGAAAAUGAGUACAAGUACGACAACUGAGCUUACAGCUGGUUUGAGUACAACAUACUCAGAAAAAGAGCUCUUGAGCGACUCACAGGAAGAUUCAGAGAGUGUUAACCAUGCGUCUUCUACAAAUAAAUUUACAUCACAGUAAGCUAGCAUCACAAGCCCUAAUUGAUCGCAUGGCAGCAGACAACCCUGAUUUUGUCCUCAUUCAGGAGCCAUGGAUCAAUGGAGGGCGCAUCUGCGGG